CUUGCCCCCUCGGAAGCCGAGCGCGACGAACGGAUCCGCCUGAUCAGCCGGGCACUCCCCGUCUUGGCGGCCCAGGCAGCGUCGCAACUACCCCAGCCCACCUAUCAACCGACCUUCCGCGAGCUACUCGAAGUCAAGGUACGGCUCGAUGGUAUUCCACUGCUCCAACCCCUCAACGCGGAACUACACGCUUUUUGGGGCACGUUUGCGUGGGUGGACAACCCCUGGAUCCCAGAUAGCAAUGCGCCUACCCUACAACGACGGAAGUAUGACCGAAUUGAAGUCACAUCGCUUCGCAGCUCAGAGAUCACCCGGACAGGAGUCGACACCUAUACGGUCCGACGUCCGACUGCUUACGACAAAGAGGCGGGCCAUACUGCAGCGAAACUACAGAGGUGGCUGUUGGUUAUCCUCCUCUGUUCUCCACGCCUCAACAUCGGAGCAGUGCUUGGAGCAUUCCCCCCGCUGCAGCUACGCCGGUCGCCUACUUUGAGUCAGACGUACACAUGGUCAUGGGUUGGCGAUGGGUUAAUAGUUGGGACCGGGGUGACAGACUCGACGACGAUUCCACUACGACAACAACCCAAUGGCAUCAAC